CCUGCCCCAGCAGGGCCGGAAGCCAGUGGUGGCUGUGGUGACGCGGGUGACGUGGGGCCCGUGACACGGAGCCCUGGGGUGACGCCGGGCGCAGGACCGGGUGUGGGUGCUGGGGGGGUGCUCAGUUCCGCCCCUGCUGCAGGCUGACCCCGCCAUGGAGCCGAGCGCCGCGACACCACGAUGGAUGCGGGACAGGUGCUUGCCCGCCGUGGGUGGGCAGCUGUAGUGGUGGCCACCGCACCAUGGAGCCAGUGGCCACCACCACCACCAGCCCCACCACCACGGGGGUCCUGGCGGCGCAGGAUGCCAUCGUCUUCUCAGGAGCUGGGGACAAAGGGGUGACCUCCAUGGCACCCACCACGGCACCUACCGUGGCACCCACUGUGGCACCCACUGUGGCGCCCACCGGCACCGACGUCUUCUGGGCCAGCCUGGUGCAAGCCCAGCUCUGUGUCUGGGAGCUGCAAGGUGCCAUUGACGGGCAGCUGGAUGGUGCUGACCACCACCAAGCACCCCAGGACAGCUGGUACCACAGCCAUGGCACUGCGGCCACCACACAGAGCAUCGAGGAGAGCAUCUCGCACCAGCACCGUGGUCCUGGGUCCACAGAGGAGAGCACCUCACACCUUUGUUGUGAUCCUGGGUCCACAGAGGAGAGCGUCUCACACCAGCGUCAUGGUCCUGGAUCCACAGAGGAGAGCACCUCGCACCAGCACCGUGGUCUUGAGUCCACAGAGGAGAGCAUCUUGCACCAGCAACAUGGUCCUGGAUCCACAGAGGAGAGCACUUCGCACCAGCGACAUGGUCCUGGAUCCUCAGAGGAGAGCACCUCGCACCAGCGACAUGGUCCUGGAUCCUCAGAGGAGAGCAUCUUGCACCAGCAAUGUGGUCCUGCAUCCACAGAGGAGAGCAUCUCUUACCUUUGGCAUGGUCCUGAGUCCACAGAGGAGAGCAUCUCACACCAGCAUCAUGGUCCUGGGUCCACAGAGGAGAGCACCUCACACCAGCGACGUGGUCCUGGAUCCACAGAGGAGAGCACCUCGCACCAGCAACGUGGUCCUGGAUCCACAGAGGAGAGCAUCUUGCACCAGCAGUGUGGUCCUGCGUCCACAGAGGAGAGCAUCUCACACCAGCAUCAUGGUCCUGAGUCCACAGAGGAGAGCACCUUGUGCCAGCAACAUGGUCCUGGAUCCACAGAGGAGAGCAUCUCACACCUUUGGCAUGGUCCUGGGUCCACAGAGGAGAGCAUCUUGCCCAAAUUUAUGCCCACAGAUGGGAGCAUCUUGCGUGAGCACCUAGGCCGUGGACCCACGUAUGAGAGCAUCUUCCACAUGUCUAGACGUGGGAGCAUCUCACAAGAGCACUAUGGCCAUGUGCCUACAGAGGGGAACAUGUCACAUGAGCACAUGCCCAAGGUUGGGACCAUCUCACCCAAGUCUACACCCAUGGAUGAGAGCAUCUUCCAUGAGCGCCAAGGCUGUGGAUCCACAAACAAGAACAUCUUCCAUGUAUCUGUGGAUGGGAGCAUCUCACCCAUGUCCAUGACUCUGGCUAAGGACAUCUCACUCGAGUCCAUGCCCAUGGAUGAGAGCAUCUUCUAUGAGCACCAAGGCCAUGGACCUGCACACGAAAGCAUCUUCCAUGUGUCUACAGAUGUCUUACAUGAGCACAAGCCAAUGGAUAGGACCAUCUCAUCCAAGUCCGUGCCUGUGAAUCUGAAGGUCUUGCAUGAGCACCAAGGCCAUGAAUCCACAUAUGAGAACAUCUCACACAUGUCCAUGGCUGAUAGCAUCUCACAUGAGCACCAUGGCCACUUGCCUACAGAUGGGAGCAUCUCCCCCAUGUCCAUGCCUGUGGAAGAGACCAUCUUGAAAGACCAAGUACUGAUAGAUGGGACCAUAUUGCCCAAGUCUAUGCCCAUGGAAGGGACCAUCUCACAGGAGCACGUGCCUGUGGAUAGGAGCAUCAUGCUCAAGGCCAUGCCCAUGGAUAGGAGCAUCUCACCCAUGAUCAUGCCCACAGAUGGGACCAUCUCGCCCAAGUUUAUGCCCAUGAAAAGGAGCAUCUCGCCCAAGUUCAUAUGCAUGGAUGACAGCAUUUCACCCAAGUUUGUGCCCACAGAUGAGCCCAUCUCACAGGAGCAUGUGCCCAUGGAUAGGUGCAUCUUGCCCAAGGUGAUGCCCAUGGAUGGGAACAUCUCACCCAGUUUCGUGCCCAUGCAUGAGGGCAUCUCACCCAAGGCCAUGCCCAUCGAUGGGAACAUUUCACCCAAGGCCAUGCCCGUGGAUGAGGGCAUCUCACCCAAGGCCAUGCCCACGGAUGGGAACAUCUCACCCAAGGCCGUGCCCACGGAUGGGAAUGUCUCGCAGGAACAUGUGACCAUGGAUAGGAACACCUUGCCCAAGGCCUUGCUUACAGAUGGGAAUGUCUCACCCAGGUUCAUACCCAUGGAUGAGGGCAUCUCACCCAAGGCCAUGCCCACAGAUGGGAACAUUUCACCCAAGGCCAUGCCCAUGGAUGAGGGCAUCUCACCCAAGGCCAUGCCCACAGAUGGGAACAUCUCGCAGGAACAUGUGACCAUGGAUAGGAGCACCUUGCCCAAGGCCAUGCUUACAGAUGGGAACACCUCACCCAGGUUCAUACCCAUGGAUGAGGGCACCUCAGGCAAGGCCGUGCCUGUGGAUGGGAGCAUCUCACCCAAAGCAAUGCCCACGGAUGGGAACAUCUCGUCCCAGUCCAUGCCCAUGGAUGAGAACAUCUCACCCAAGUUCAUGCCCAUGGAUGAGGGCAUCUUGCCCAGAUCCAAGCCCAUGGAUGGACCACCCUCACCUGACCUCCAGCCUCCCGAGAGCAGGGAAGAGGACGAGGAUGAUGAUGAUGAAGAUGAAGAUGCGGAUGGCUGCUCCUCCCGUGAGGAAGAUGCUGAGGAAGACGAGGACCUGGAGGAGGAGGAGCCCCACUUCCACACCAACCCCCUCUUCCAGAGCCGGGUGCUGGCGCCCAUGGGUGCCCACUGGGUGCCCCUUUACCGGCUCCAUGGUGCCAUGGGGCAGGGGUGUCCCCCUUCCAGCUGCUCCCCCCCAGAUCUUGGGUGCCUCCCGGCCGGAGGGGACCACGCGCCCCCGGGGGGAGACGUGGCGCAGGGACCCCCCCAGUCGCCCCCCACCGUGGAGGACCAGCCCCCCAAGAUGGGCGAGGAGCCCCCGCUGGAGCCCCCCAACAGCGCCCAGGGAUGCCAGCCAGAGGGGUCCACGGUGCCAUUGGUGCUGGCAAAUGGGGGACAGAGACAACGGGGGGAGGCGCAGCGCUUGGCUGCUCGCCUUUUCCACCUUGACGGCUUCAAAAAGUCCCAGGUGGCUGCAUUCCUCCGCAAGAACAAUGAUUUCAGUGCAAUGGUGGCCCAGGAGUACCUGGACUUCUUCCAGUUUGGGGGCCAAACGCUGGACCAGGCGCUCAGGUCCUUCCUGCAGGCGCUGGUGCUGACGGGUGAGACGCAGGAGCGCGAGCGCAUUCUCAGCCACUUCUCUCGCCGCUACCAUUGCUGCAACCCCGGUGCCUUCCCCUCCCCAGACGCUGCGCACACCCUGACGUGUGCCAUCAUGCUGCUGAACACUGACCUCCAUGGACAGCACCUUGGUCGUGCCAUGACCAGCAUGGAAUUCAUCACCAACCUGAGCGGGAUGAUGGACGGGCAGGACUUCCCCAAGGAGCAGCUUAAGGCUCUCUACAGCUCCAUCCGCAAUGAGAAGCUGGCGUGGGCAGCGGAUGAUGAGGAGGAGGAGGAAGAAGCGGCUGCGGGGGGCAGUUUGGCCCCCCUUGGCCGUAAGAAGAGCAAUCCCUUCCUGGAGCUGCCGGGGGUAACCCGGGCUGUCACCUAUCGCAGGGGCUGGCUGGCCAGGAAGGUGCUGGCUGAGGCUGACGGCAAAAAAACACCGUGGGGCAGACGGGGCUGGAAGCCCUUCCAGGCAGUGCUGAAGGGGACACUCCUCUUCUUCCUCAAACCCGGGGGGCGUGCAGGGGGCACUCGCCGCCCCUCUGAGCCGGGGCCCUUCCCGGCCCCCCAGGAGGAAGGAGGCACCGAGGCCGAGGAGCCCUUGGGCGUCCACCAUGCCUUGGCCGAGCGCGCCAGCAAAUACACCAAGCGCCCCAACGUCUUCCGCUUGCAGACGGCCGACUGGCGCGUCUUCCUCUUCCAAGCCCCGACCUCAGAGGAGAUGUUGUCCUGGAUCUCCCGCGUCAACUUGGUGGCUGCUCUCUUCUCCUCACCUGCCUUUCCUGCUGCUGUCGGGUCCCAACGCCGCUUCGUCCGCCCUAUCCUCCCUGCUGCCCCCAGUCGCAGCCCCCCGGAGGAGCAGCUCCGCUCCCAUGAGGCAUGGAUGGAGCGGGUGGCUGAGGAGCUCUUUGAGCAUCAACGCAACCUCCCCAACAAGCGAGGACGAGCCCGUGACCUGGACGAAUACCGCUUGAAGAAGGAGUAUCUCCUCUACGAGAGACGUCGCUACGAGACCUACGUGCAGGUGCUGGAGACGUGGAUCAACACCGGUGCCCGGGAUUUGGAGGGGUGGGAAGCCCAAGCUGGGCCAGUGGUGGCCCCCACAGACCCCCCCACUUUGACCAAAGCCCACUCCAGCCCCUCGCUUGUCCCCGAGCCCCCCAUUGCCCCCACCAUCCGUGUCAAGAGGAACAUCUCCGAGCGCCGGACGGUGAGGAAGAUCGUCCCCAAACGCAACAAAAACCUGCUGUGAUGGACACAGGGGAGAGGAUAUGGGGACAUUUGGGGGGGCCAUCACCCCCCACACCCUGGUACGAGGUUCCUUCGGGCACCGCCAGUAUUGAGCCAACCUGGGGGGGUGGAACUUGGGAUUAAGGAUGGGGGAAACUCAGGGAGACACCCCCCACUCUAAAAAAAAAAGGGAUGGGGUGGAAAUUGGGGGCCGCAGCCCCCUUGCAGCCCCCCCCCGAGCAUUGCCACUGCGCCCCCUCCCCGCGCCCGCUGCCUGCUGCUCUCUAUGUGCAAUAAAGGUGUGU